UGACGCAGUAUACGGAUUGGGCGUUAUGCCAGCGGAAAGGGUGCUCUUUACGAAACACGUGUGGACAGUACUGAUAGGGACAAGGAUAGGGACAAGGACAGGGAACGCAAAAAUUGGCAGCCCAGAUAAGAUCAUAAGACAUAUAGGUUCUUAAAAUUGGGACAUUUCAUACUGCGGUUUGGAAGUUACCCUUGGCGUCCGGACAGAAGGGGGCCAAACCGUGUGAAAUAGGCGCGCGACACUCUGACAGGUAUACGUCGAGCAGCCGUCUGGUGGUUACUGUAGUAGUGCAGCCAACAGAGAAAGUUCUCGGUACCUGGCGGUGUUGUUGACCAACUUGAGGAUAUCGAGAGCAGUUAUUGCGAAUAGCUACGGAGACACUUGCCAUGGCCGACUACCUUAUCAGUGGGCAGACAGGCUAUGUGCCCGACGAUGGACUGAACGGGCAACAGCUGUUCAAUUGCGGAGAUGGCCUCACGUACAAUGACUUCCUCAUCCUCCCUGGAUACAUUGAUUUCACAGCAGAUCAGGUGGACCUGACAUCUGCGCUCACCAAACAAAUCACCAUGAAGACGCCACUGGUGUCAUCACCCAUGGAUACGGUUACUGAGUCAGCGAUGGCCAUCGCCAUGGCGCUUACUGGAGGAAUUGGCUUCAUCCAUCACAAUUGUACCCCAGAGUUCCAGGCUAAUGAAGUUCGCAAGGUCAAGCGGUACGAGCAGGGCUUCAUCACAGACCCGGUGGUGAUGAGCCCCAGGGAGUGCGUGCGGGACGUCUUCCAGGCCAAGGCCCGGCACGGCUUCUGCGGCAUCCCCAUCACGGACAACGGGCGAAUGGGCAGCCGCCUGGUCGGCAUCAUCUCCUCCCGUGACAUCGACUUCCUCAAGGAGGAGGAGCAUGACCUGCCGCUCAGUGAGGUGAUGACUAAGCUGGAGGACCUGGUUGUGGCUCCCGCAGGAGUCACCCUGAAGGAGGCCAACGAGAUCCUGCAGCGGAGCAAGAAGGGCAAGCUGCCCAUUGUGAACGAGGAGGGCUGCUUGGUGGCCAUCAUAGCGCGCACGGACCUGAAGAAGAACCGGGACUUCCCGCUGGCCUCCAAGGACUCGCGCAAGCAGCUGCUGUGUGGAGCGGCCAUCGGGACACACACCGACGACCGCUACCGCCUCGACCUGCUGGUGCAGAGCGGGGUGGACGUGGUGGUGCUGGAUUCUUCUCAGGGGAACUCAAUCUACCAGAUCAACAUGAUCAAGUAUAUCAAGGAGAAAUACCCCCAGCUACAGGUCAUAGGGGGCAAUGUGGUCACAGCGGCCCAGGCAAAAAACCUCAUAGAUGCUGGUGCAGACGCUCUGCGUGUUGGAAUGGGCAGUGGCUCCAUCUGCAUCACGCAAGAAGUGCACCCUUCUAUUCCUCCUGCUAUUAAGCUCCACAGCCCCAAAACCCCUUCUUCUGUUACGGGAUACAGCAUGCUGGCGUGUGGACGUCCUCAGGCCACUGCAGUGUACAAAGUGUCGGAGUAUGCCAGACGAUUCGGGGUCCCCGUCAUCGCUGAUGGAGGCAUCCAAACUGUUGGGCACAUCGCCAAGGCGCUGGCGCUUGGAGCCUCAACAGCGAUGAUGGGCUCUCUGCUGGCUGCCACCAGUGAAGCUCCAGGGGAGUACUUCUUCUCCGAUGGGAUCAGGCUGAAGAAGUAUCGUGGAAUGGGCUCCGUGGAUGCUAUGGACAAGAACCUGGGCUCCCAGACCCGCUACUUCAGUGAGUGUGAUAAGGUCAGAGUGGCCCAGGGCGUGUCCGGUGCCGUGCAGGAUAAAGGAUCCAUUCACAAGUUUGUCCCCUACCUGCUGGUGGGAAUUCAGCAUUCCUGUCAGGACAUAGGCGCCAAGAGUCUCACCCAGCUCAGGGCCAUGAUGUACUCUGGAGAUCUGAAGUUUGAGAAGAGGACUGCCUCAGCCCAGAUAGAGGGAGGGGUGCACAGUAUGCACAGUUAUGAGAAGCGCCUAUUUUGAGAAUGGGGAAGAUGGACUCUCUCUUUCUCUAGACGCCAACAAUCCCGUCCUCUAUAUACACUUAACACCACACCCCCAAAAAUAUUUAAGCUCUGCCAAACCACUCUAUCCCUCCCCCCCCAUUCUACAAGACCCAAGGAUCAAAACAACUAAAACAACUCCCAUCCAUAAUUUUGUCAUUGCCUGUCUGUUGCUGUUCUAACAGGGAGGGAGGGGCUAGUAAUCAUGAAUGGCCUGUCUCUGCUCUCUCUCUCUCUCUGGGUUUGGGGACUGUGUGUGCGUGCGUGUGUGCGCGUAUGUGUGUGUGUGUGUGCGUGUGUAUGUGUGUGGGGGAGGGGGAGGGGGCGGGUGUAUGCGCGUAUGUGCGCACAAGUGCAUGUUUGUCAUAUACCUACUGUACUUUAAGCAAGGGUUUUUCCUGAAGUGUUAAAAAAUAAAAGUGCAUAACUAUUUUUUUCCAUGAA